CCGGAAGGGAGCCCAGCGCGGACCAUGGCCACCGCGGCGGAGCAGUGGGUCCUGGUGGAGAUGGUGCAGGCGCUCUACGAGGCUCCUGCUUACCAUCUUAUCUUGGAAGGAAUUCUAAUACUCUGGAUAAUCAGGCUGCUUUUCUCUAAAACUUACAAAUUGCAAGAACGAUCUGAUCUUACAAUCAAGGAAAAAGAAGAAUUGAUUGAAGAGUGGCAGCCGGAACCUCUUGUUCCUCCUAUCUCAAAAGACCAUCCUGCUCUCAACUACAACAUCGUUUCAGGCCCUCCGAGCCACAGCAUCGUGGUGAACGGGAAAGAAUGUGUGAACUUCGCCUCCUUCAAUUUUCUCGGAUUGCUGGAUAACCCCAGGGUCAAGGCCGCAGCCUUGGCAUCUCUAAAGAAGUAUGGAGUGGGGACUUGUGGACCGCGAGGAUUUUAUGGCACAUUUGAUGUGCACUUGGACUUGGAAGACCGCCUGGCGAAGUUUAUGAAGACAGAAGAGGCCAUCAUCUACUCCUAUGGCUUCGCCACCAUAGCCAGCGCCAUUCCUGCCUAUGCCAAGCGAGGGGACAUCGUGUUUGUAGACAGAGCUGCCUGCUUUGCUAUUCAGAAAGGAUUACAGGCAUCACGGAGCGACAUUAAAUUAUUUGAGCACAAUGACAUGGCUGACCUGGAGCGACUGCUAAGAGAACAAGAGGUCGAAGAUCACAAGAAUCCUCGCAAGGCACGUGUGACGCGACGUUUCAUCAUAGCUGAAGGGUUGUACAUGAACACUGGGACUAUCUGUCCUCUUCCGGAACUGGUUAAGUUAAAAUACAAAUACAAAGCCAGGAUCUUUCUGGAGGAAAGCCUUUCGUUUGGAGUCCUUGGGGAGCACGGCCGAGGAGUCACUGAACACUUUGGAAUCAAUAUCGAUGACAUUGAUCUUAUCAGUGCCAACAUGGAGAAUUCACUUGCCUCUAUUGGGGGUUUCUGCUGCGGCAGGUCUUUCGUAAUCGACCAUCAGCGGCUUUCCGGCCAAGGCUACUGCUUUUCUGCUUCUUUGCCUCCCCUGUUGGCUGCUGCUGCGAUCGAGGCCCUGAACAUCAUGGAGGAGAACCCAGGUGUCUUUGCAGUGCUGAAGGAGAAGUGCAGACACAUUCACAGUGCUUUACAAGGCAUUUCUGGGUUGAGAGUGGUGGGCGAGGCCCUGUCCCCCGCUUUUCACCUGCAGCUGGAGGAGAGCACGGGGUCGCGAGAGCAGGAUGUCAAGCUGCUUCAGGAGAUUGUCAGCCAGUGCAUGGACAGAGGCAUCGCGCUCACACGGGCCCGCUACCUGGAGAGAGAAGAGAGGUGCCUCCCUCCUCCAAGAAGAGGAGCUGGAGAAAGCUGCGUCCACCAUCAAGGAGGUCGCCCAGGCCGUCCUGCUGUGACCUCUCCGGGCCGGGCCACCGCGUAGCCAGAGGGCUCCGUGCUGCUGAGGUGAACGGCCAAAGGCCUGCGGGGACUGAGACUGCGUCUCCCGGGGUGGCUUGCGUGACCAAGACGAUGCUGGUUGUUUUUACAAAGAAAACAUCAGAAAGCCCAGAACUGAUUGUUUUUUAAAGGAAAACUAAUGACAGCAUAACUGGUGUUUAAAUUGCUGUUCAGUGCUGUUUAAAUGUUUCAUUAGACUGCUACUUUGUAUUCUUUUCGUUGUUGUCAUCGUUUAAUCGUGGAGGUUCCCUGUGUCUUCUCUCCCUUCUAGGGCAGAUUCUGUGAGCGCUGCAGGUUUCAUGGGGAGCGAC